UCCCAAAUUCAAAGAUCAACACUUCAGAGUUCGGAGUUCGUCCCCCUUUCAAAUUCCCAAACCCUAACGUCUCUCUUUUUCUCUCAAUUCCACCUCACAAACCCCAAUUUCCCCUAAUUAACUACAAUUCCCGACCUUCCAAACCCUAAUUCCCAAUCGCCGACGCUCAAUUUUCCGAUUCCGGUUGCCUUAAUGGACUUAGACGUCGACGUUUCGCGGUGGGUCCUCGAGCUCCUCCUCCGCGACCGCGACAAGGAGAGCGUCGCCAAGCGAGUCCUCGCCGCCGUGCCGCUCUCGAACCAGGACUGGCGGUUGAAGAAGACCGUCCUUCUCAGAACGAUCGAGUCCGAAGUCUUGGACGAGGCUUCGGUCACCGAAGCUAUACUAGAGUCCUUGGAGUCGAUCGAGGCUUUGGACCGCGGCCAAGGGAUUCCGGUCACGGACUCCAUGAGAGCGGCGUACUGCGCCGUGGCGACGGAGUGCACGGUGAAGUUUUUGAUUUGCUUUGGAGGGAAGCCGAGCGGGAAGUACAUGGAGGCGGUUGAUCGGAUUUGGAGAGGUAGGGUUAGGGUUUUGGAGGAGUCUGAGGGUUGCGAGCUGGUCUCGGGUGAGUUGAAGGAGAGAAGGGAUGAGGUGGAGGCUGGGAUUUGGGAUGUGAAGGUUUCGAAGAAGCUGGCGAGCAUGAAUAGUAGAAAUGAUGCGCUGAGAUUGGUUGCGGCGUAUGUGAAGGAAGCUUUUGCGAUGCUGGGUCCUCCGUUUAUUGCUUGGGCUGUUAGGUUUAAUAUGCAGAAGGGAAGUUUAGGGUUGGAAGGUGAUGAGGUUGCGGUGGAGAAGGAUGGUAAUGUGGGUGAUGGGUGUGAAGUGCAGGUUCGAACGGCAAAUGGGGCUGAUUUGGAGGUGCGAAGGGCGAAUGGGGUUGAGUUGGGUGAUGGCUCCAAAUUGGAGGAGAGUGGGGCUAAUGUGCAUGAUGGGUCUGAAUUGGAAGCGCAGAGAGGGGCAAAUGUCAAUUCUGGGUCUGAACAGGAGGCGCAAAGGGCGAAUGUGGUUACUGUUAAUUCUGGGUCUGAACAAGAGGCACAAAGGGCUAAUGGGGCUAAUGUCAAUUCUGGGUCUGAAUUGGAGGCACAAAGAGUGAAUGGGGCAAAUGAUGUUAGUGAUAGGUCUGAACAGGAGGCGCAAAGGGUGAAUGGGGCAAAUGAUGUUAGUGAUAGGUCUGAACAGGAGGCACAAAGGGCGAAUGGGGCUCAUGUUAGUGACGCCUCUGAACAGGAGGCGCAUGAUACUAAUGUUGUGGGGGCAGGGAGAUCACAACGUAAUGGACACCGUGGUGUCCUCAGCUUAGAACCUGCAACUAAAGAAAAAGAAACUCCAAGGAGCAGGGCACUUAGACGUAGGCAUGGACCGGUUAAGAUUAGAGAUGCUGAAGAUGUGGGUACGGAAGCAUCAGCUGGCAUAUAUAACUCAGUGUCUAGUGCUGAAGUUAGAAAAGUGCAAGAAGAACUUAAGUCCAGUGUUUUGGCUCUACAAGCUGUAGUGACAGACCCACUUCCCUAUGCUUUGCAAGUGUCGGAAAUUGUAAGAUCUGAGUUAGGAAUGAGACCUGUGGAUCAUGUAAGUGGAGAAAAUGGAGGUGCAGCAAAUCCAUCUGUUGAAAAGAACUCUGAGCCUGAUCAAUCUAAUAAUGAUAAUCAUGGAAACCAGACCAGUCAUCAGAAUGAUGUUCCCCAACCAAGUGGAAAAGAAAAUGAUGCAACAAAUCUGUCUGUCAACAAGGGUAAGGGCACAGAGUAUGUUCGAACGGGUGAUGUCAAUCCUGGCAAUCCGUCUUGCAGUUAUCAGAAUAAUGUUUCCCGAGCUGGCUUGAUGGAACGUAAUAGUACUGCACAUACUCUUGAGUGGGAUGACUCGCUAGGUAUGUCUCCUGAACGAACAAAGAGUAAGGGGAGGCUUCACCUACCUAGUCCAAAAAGGAACGCUGUUUCUCCACUGAAGAAGUAUGAGGAUAAAAGAUUUUCUAAGAGGAGAAAAGUUAAGAGAUGGAGCUUACAUGAAGAAGAUACGUUAAGGACUGGUGUGCAGAAGUAUGGCAGAGGCAAUUGGAAGUUUAUCUUAGAUACAUACCGAGAUGUAUUUGAAGAGAGAACUGAGGUCGAUCUAAAGGACAAGUGGAGAAAUAUGACGAAGUAGAGGCACCUCUGAUCAGUCUGCUACUCAGUUGAUUUUGUUCGUAUAUAUGAUACCUUGUCAGAGCUGUAUGUUGUAGUGCCCUCUAUCACAUACAGGUGUAGGGACUUUUUUCAGUAGCAUCUGUAAAUGUGUUCCUGUAAGGAUGUAUGUAUAGAUCGACAAAAUGUUCAAAGUUUAAGCAUCUAAUGAAAUAAUGUCCACGGUUUAUAGCUUCAUAUGUGAUCUUCAAUUAUUGUACAUUGGUGCAUAGAGAAGAACCACGCUGGGAAGGUUCAUUCUGUGGAAAAAGUUGGAUUCUUUUUGUCCUUUGGCAGGGAUUUCUAUGACGUCCGAGCAAAGUUGCUUGAUGAAGUCAGUCAAGAAGAGGCUCUCAGGCGGAGAACCUUUGACUUUUCCUUCCCAGAUGUUUCAGUGACCCUUUGGCACAUGGAAAUU